UGAAAUUCCUCGUUCAUUGCCUAUCAAAGUUAAUAAAUUAAUUGAUUUACCUGAAGAUUUUGGAGAAUUGGUGAAUAUGAGUGUCCGGUUUAGGUGUCCAAUAAUCGGCGAAUUAACAACAAUGGUUCCAACAUUGUGUUUAUGUUGUGGAACAAUUUUAUGUUCUCAUAGUUAUUGUUGUGAAACUGAGGUUGUUGGUAAAAAAAUGGGAGCCUGUGCUUAUCAUUUAAGUCAUUGCCAUGGUUCUACUGGAAUAUUUUUGAGAAUUCGCGAAUGCCAAAUUUUCUUUCUUUAUAUUGCUGGAGAAUCUAUUAGAGGUUGCUUUAAAAAUGCACCUUAUGUUGAUGAAUUUGGAGAGACUGACCCUGGAUUUAGACGUGGAAAUCCUAUGCGUUUAAACAAAGAACUUUAUUGGAAAAUUCAAAGGCAGUGGUUACAUCAAGAAAUUGCUGAAGAAGUUAUAAAUCAAUAUGAGUUGAAUCAUCGAAAUAUUGCCUAUGAUUGGCAACAUUUUUGA